AUGAUUAAAACAUAUAGUUUACAGUAUGUGUCUCAAGAGAUUGAAUAGAUGUAUCGAUAAUCAAAGCUAAUUGGUUUAAAGCAUAGACGUGAAUACUUAUAUGCAACAAUUACCCUCUAUAUAAUUCUAAUAAUCAUAAAGUAUAAUCAAUAUUAGAAUUUGAUACCUUAAAUAUUGGCUAGUGUUUGCUUAACAUUAAUAUUGGCUUGUUAUAUUGGAAUGAGGAGAUAUCAAAAAUAUAAAGAAAUCUUCGUUACUACUAAUAUAUUAUUAAUGAGUGCUUUAGUUGAAAGUUUAAGACUCUUUGGAUCAGAAUCUGACCUUUGGUAUUAUGGUUAUCAUACAUCAAUUCUAAAAUUCUGUAAGAAAUAUUAUAUUUAUCAUAGUAAUUUAUAUAACUGGAUCCUCAUUUAUUUUUUAAACAUGUUUCUUUCUUUUAACUUAAAUUGCAAACUUCUAUAAUUUUUAAACAUAUGAUAUAUAAUCUAUCAUCUCUCAUUGUAUAAUUUCUAUUUUACUUGUUUUAUUAAGAUAUCAGUAUGAGAUAAUCAAAAGAAAGCACUUUUUAGUCAAUUUAUCUAAAGUUCAAUAUGAUAAUAUUUUAGAAGACUUAUUACCCUCUUGGGUAGUUAUUGUCAAAUAUAAUAAAUUAGCUGGUUAAUUGGAUAUUGAAAAGAUAAAUUAACAUUUUAAGGAUACAUUCAAUUUAUAAAACAAUGAAGCAUUCAGAGAUUUCUUAAGAAAAUUAGUUUUCUUUGAUAUAGACAAUUAAAAUACCUAAUAAUAUAUAAAAAUAGAACAUUUAAUAAUAUAAGAACUUAAAAUGAAAAAUGAAGAACAUCCUGUUCAAAAAUAUUUUGCUAUUUUAGAAGAAUAAAAUAAGUCUAAAUUAUGGAAAUUCAAAGUUACUUAGGUUUAUUGUAAUUCCUUUUAACCUUAAAUAUUAUUGUUAUUUGAAGAAAUUGAAGAGGAUAAAUAUGAUAAGUAUAUAAAUGCAAUUGAAUAAAGAGAUAAAUAAUAAUAUGUAAUAAAAUUAUUUUUAAUUCUAGUUUAAUUCAAAAUUAAGUUUACAAUAAAUCAAUCAUUAACUUGAAAUUAUUUAAUAAUUUUAUCGUGAAAUAUCUAAAUACGAAUACUUAACAUAUAUUCAACAAAACAUAAAAUAAUAAUUGCAAUUGAAUUAUUUCCUUUACAAUUUAAAUAAUAAUCUAUUUAAUUUAUAUUAAAUAUGUUAUUAAUAAAUUAAAAGUGAUAUCAAUAUCUUAAAAUUGGAUUAAUUUAUAAUUGAUUUAUGUCUUAACCUUCAAAUUGAAUACAAAAAAAAUAAACAAUAAAAUCAAAUUUCAAAUCUUAAAAACUUAGUUUUGACAACUGAUAAAUAAAAACUUAUUUCUAUUAUUAUGAAUUUAGUUUACUUUAUUAAAUUAUUGCUAUCUAUUAUUCAUAGUGAUACUAAUAUUAUAAAUCAAGUUUAACCAUUAAAAAAAUCAAUUAAACUAUCCAUAAAAUAAUCUAAAAAAUUUGAAAACUCUUUAUAAAUUUCUUUAACCCAUCCUAAUUUAAAUGUAGCUAAUUCAAUAAUAACAUAAUUAUAAAAUAUUGAACCAUUUUAAUUAGAUGAUUAUAAAAGAAAUUGGGAAUAAAGAAAUUAUUUUGAAAAAAUAACAAGUAUUAACUAAACCUUGUAAUAGAUGAUGGAAAUGUAUAAAUAAGAAGUAUCUUCAAUCUAAUUAAUUUAAAUUGAUAAUAAAUCUUAAUAAAUAAAUUGUUAAAAUUAAUAAACAAUUCAUAAUAUGAAAUAGUUAUAAUUUAAUACUAUUGGAUAUAUAAUAGCUUAAUAUUUUGCAAGUAGUUUAGGACCUUAAAAUAGGUUUAAUUUCAAAUAAACUUGUCUAGAUAUUGAAAGAUAUCAUACAAAUUAAUUUGUAGGAUUAUAAUAAACAAAAAUAUAAUUCUGUAUUUAUAAAAAUUAUGAAAAUUUUGAAAAAGAGAUAUUAAGUGAUUAAUUAAAUUCUUUUAAACAAAAUAUUUAAUUUUCAUCAGAAAAAAUGACCAAUUAAGAAAUAUUUUAGAAUUUUUACUAAUUAAUUCAUAAAAAGAAAUGA